AUGACGAGAAACGGAUUCGACGAAGCAUUCCUUUCCACAGAAGACCAGUGUGGAUUCUACGAAUCCAUCGGAUAUCAGAAGUGUGAUCCAAUUGUUCAUUCGACAACUGCCACGUGUGUUUUUGCAGCCAUGGACCAUUUUCAGAACGCCGCCGCGGCGAAUCCAUCUCGUUCAUCUUCCACGGUAUCAAGCAUCACGGCUUCUAAUUCUUCCUCAUCCUCUGAAUCUGCUCCCCCACCACCGCCUCCGCCUCCAGCUUCCAAAAUGGUGACCCGAUCGACGUCUCCAAUUGCAUCUUCCUCCACUAUCGACGUCAACACCACGGAUCAUCAAUACAUGAGGAAGAGUAUCAAGCCAUAG